CUUCGCAACUUGUCCGGCUAGCAAGCUAAUGUUUUGUUGUUGUUUUUUCUUUCUUUUCGAGGAUUAAUAAAUACGGCUAUGUGAUGGAUAGCUGAGGAUUUUAUAGAACAUUUUCUCAUCUCAGGUGAUAUGUCAGGUGAACUUCAGCGCUAUGUCUGUGGAUGGCUCCCGGACGUCAGUGUUUACCUUCCAGUCAGCUGUACACAGUAUGCAUGUCCUCCGCUGCCUGGAUGAGCAGAGACAGAAGGACAUCUUGUGCGAUGUGACAGUGGAAGUGGAGAGCAGGAGCUUCCGAGCCCACUGCUCAGUACUGGCUUGCUGCAGUGCCUAUUUUUACACCAGACUCCUAAACCACAUGGGAUGGAACUCGGUCAUCACUCUGCCUGAGGAAGUCACAGUAGAGGGCUUUGUGCCUUUGCUGCAGUUUGCUUACACUGCAAAACUGCACUUCACCAAAGAAAACAUUCUGGAAAUUCGCAGAUGUGCUGAGCUUUUGGGAUUUCACAAUCUUGACAAAGCGUGCUUUGAGUUCCUCAUUCCCAAGUUCUCUGAUGCAACUGAAACUACUCAGGAAGCCAAGAGGAAGAGCAAAAACAGCAACAAGAGCAAAAACCGGCAUGAAAAAUUGCCAGCUGCAAAUGAUAAUUGUGAAAGAACUGCAGAACAAUGCAGUAAUAUCGAAGGAGAUGGAGCAGCUCUGGUUUCUGGAGCAAAGCUGGUACAGAAUACAUUAUCUAGCGAUACAGAGUGUCCCAAUGAAAGUCCUUCUGUCACCACUGAUCAGAAUGUUUUAGAUUUACCUGCAGUCCCAUUCCAGCCUGCUACUGAGCAAACAGAACUGUGUUUACAGAACUGCGGGCCACAGCUGGCGCUGUCUUCAUCCGUACCUACUGCUGAAGUGUGUCCCUUUCUUUCAAUGCCAUGUAGCAGUGAGCGUGACGGUGUGCAUCCUGUCACAGCUGGCUGUGAUGGUGGCAUUUUAAAUAGACUGGCAAUGGAUGAUGUUCAAGGUGAGUGUCCUAACAUGCCAAACGUUGCUGAGGGCCAAAUUGAGCAGUCAGUAAGAGAUUUCGAGCCAACGUCGGACUGCGGCCAGUUAUGUCCCCUGUCCUCCAGGGAAACAAGUGAAGUCUUGGACAGCAUUGCAUCAGUAAGCAACUUGGAGAGCAUUGAGAACAUGAACGCUGAAACUUUUGACCCCCCUGAGCAAAUAUUCCCUCACCCAGCAAACAGUGAUAGCUCCACAGAGAGAAGCACAGUGGAAAGGGAGGUGGCUGAGCAUCUGGCUAAAGGGUUCUGGCCAGAUAUGAGUUCCUCUUUGACAGGAACUCCGGAGCAAAUGGAGCAGGCAGCUGCUGGAAAUGGCACUGAUUUCCACUGGCUUAAACACCUGGAUUUAGGUGCUGCACCUGAUGACUGCCCUUUUCUGAGAGACUUAAAUUCCACCGAAGAUCUGCCCUCAGUGGCUAACAGUCUUUCCAGAGAAACAAGCAGAGAAAGUCCAUUUGUGUCUCCUAUAAACUCUGGUGACAAUUCUGAAUGUGAGCAUGAGGCCGAUUCUGCAGGUAGCAGUGAGCAAGCAUGUGAGGUGGACUUGCCGUUCCCCGUUGAGCAGAUCUCAAGCAUGAGCAGGCGAGCUUUUCUGCAGAUUCUGAAGGAGCAGCGGCUCACGCCAGAACAGCUGGAAUUUGUGCAAGACAUUCGGCGUCGAAGCAAAAACCGCAUGGCUGCGCAGCGUAGCCGGAAGAGAAAGCUUGACUGUAUCUACAAACUUGAGGGAGACAUCAAGAAACUGAGAUUGCAAAAGGAGAAGUUGCUUCAAGAACAUAACCAGCUGAAGCAGAGUAUAGAGGAAACGCAGCAGUCUCUUUCAGGUCUGUGUGAAAGUGUGUGUGCUAAAUCCUCCAUGCAGUCAGAGCAGCUGAAUGUCUUAGCCAGGUAUCUGUCCCCAGACUCACCCAGCUCAGUGCUUCUCACGCCCACUGCCUCCCCAAACCUGCCCUGCCUCGAGUCCUGGAGCAGUGAGCCAACUCAACCUGACUGCACUCAAGCAAAUGGCACAGCUAAUAAUAAUAUUAAUGAUAAUGAUAAUAAUAAUAAUUUGGCCACCUCUUCCGAUGCUCAAUGAUUAUUUACAGACGCAAUCAUAAUACUCAAGCAACACAAGCAAACACAAUACAAGACACAGUUACAUAUACAAAGCUGGAUUACAAAUUAACAUGUACAUGGAAAACACAAAUUCAUGUAAAUAACUUCCACAUUUUCACUAUGGAUUUUAAUGGAUCGAGCUGAUUAUGAAGAAAAGCAGCUGUAUAAGCUUUCUGAUUUCUCUGGGUAUAUAUAUUUUUGAAACCUUACAAUCUAGUUUGUAUCUAAUGUAGUUCUAAACAACACAACAAUCAGCACAAAAAAAGUAUUCCAUAUAAAAGGUGACGUGUAAAGUAUGGAUCUAUAACAGUAUAGAAGUAUUUCAGCAGAUCAAACCUGUAUACAUGAAAAUAACAUGCAAACCACAAAAACCUGGCUGUAGUUUAGUGACUCUGGGUUGCUGAGUUUGUAUCGGAUGGUGUGUUAAGGAUUGUCACGCCCAAUCACAGGUAUUUCUUCUUCUAUUUAUCCGAAGGCACCUCGUGUUAAAAGGAAGGACUUUUUAUAGACUUGCAUUAGCUGCGAAACAAAACAUAACCACUUCAGAUUGACGCAUCUUAUUUAUAGCUGAAACCUUAUCACUAAUGGUGAAUUAAUAAAAGGUCAUUAUUGUAAGUCAUAGUAGUUGCUAUCUAAUACUUUGUAAACAAGAAAUUUGAGUUGAAUACCCCUGCCAUAUAAACAACCACUUACUUUGUGUUAUAUAGGAAAAUUUGUGCUCAGUGCAUUCACCGUUUUUUGAAAUUUCUCAUUUACUCAAAUAGCUGUCUGUAUGACAAAGCAGAAAAAGGAUCAAGUCACUAAACCAAACGUUCUUGUUUAGGUAUAAUCAGGAAAACUAGGAUAAGCCAGAUGGAGGUUAAAAUCAACUCAGGCUUGAGACUGAUCUGCAUGUUUUCAUUUUAAAAAAGUCAGUAUUAUCCAAUGAGCCUCACUUAAUCGUUUUGAAAAGUGAGAAGCAUUGAAAAAUCACAGACCCUCAGUAUAGAUUGAGGUUACGAACAAACCAAUUAGGCAGAUUUUUUUUAUAUAUAUAUAUAUAUAUAUAUAUAUAUAUAUAUAUAUAUAUAUAUAUAUAUAUUAUAUACCAGUGACUGUUUAUUACAGGACAUACAUUACUUUUGUAUGCAUUUGAUUGGGUAAGAAGGACAGUGAGUGCUCCUGUUCAGUUAUGCCAUGCCACAACGUAACUGCCUGAUUUUACUAGGGAUAUAAAAAGGUUUCGAGACUAGCUCUGUUUACAAAAAGUACUUUAUUUAUCUAUGUUUACACACUAUCACAUUUAAAAUAGUCCUCUUGCACAGCAAUACAGCUCUCCCAGUUUUCUUGCCACUUCUGGAAUAAGUCUUGGAAAGCUUCUUAUUGAAGCGUGUUAAUCACCUUCUGCGAAUCGCGUGGAUCUCUGCAACGUUGUCAAAACGGUGAAGCUGGAUCUUCAUCUUUGGGAAGAGGGCGAAGUCCACAGGAGCCAAAUCUGGCGAGUGGGGUGGGUGCGGAAGUGAGAUCAUGUGGAUUGUUUUCCGACGAUCAUCAUGCCCAAGCUGUAGAAUGGUUUCGACAUUUUUAGGGGUUGAGCUCCUUGAAGGUCUUCCUGUUCUUUCGUUCUCGAAAUGCGCGUGCCACUCAAAACACCUAAAGCGAUUCAUUACAGCAUCGCUGUAUGUCAAACGUAUGUCAUGUUAAACGUCUCCGUGGCAGAUUUGCCCAGUUUCACGCAGUAUUUCACGUUUGCUCUUUGUUCUAACUUGCUGUCCAAGAUGAAAUCGCAGACGUGGUAACGUCAUAUACAAGGUCAGAAUAGCACCAGUUUGUACCAUUAGUUUCGAAACCUUUUGAUUCCACCUCAUAAGAAUGUAAUUCUACUGCAAAAAUUCACAUUUUGUGUGUGUGUGUGUGUUUAAAUCCUUUGAAUUAAGAAAGGUCUGAACAACUAAUAAACUGCCAGGGUGUAUACAGUGUAGUCCUAAUCAAAUCUUUCUUCAGCGUUUCUUAACAGAAAAAAAUAAAGAUUAAUUAAUAUCAAAAGAAUCGAAUGAGCUGCCAUUUGUGGCAGAAUUGUAACGUUGUUUUGUAUGAAUUGUCUUUUGUGUGCAAUGAUAGGCCGUUCUUCAUGACUAAUAGAGUUAACCAUAACAUUAAUUCCAUCCUAACAUGCUUAGUUUGCAUUUUCUUCCCUUUAACUGAAAGGUUUGUCAUGGUCACUGCCACUGUUCGAAAUGAUCAUAAAUCAUGCCACCCAUGACAUAAAUUUAAGCCAGUAUGUGCUAGAGGCUCAACCUGUAAUCUUUACUCAGGAGUAAAUGUUUUUGUUGUGUAAUUCUGAGUAUAGAUUUCUUAAUUUGACUUUGUUCCUUACUUUUUCAUAAUGUUUAUGAAUGUAUUGAACCAAAUGUGCACUAUUACUUAAAACUUUUCAUAUGAAAUUUUAGCAUGGCUAAUUGACCAGUUAUUUGUAUCAUUACUGUUGCAAGACUUGCAUGAGGCAAAUUACACCCAGAUGAAAGGACUCUUAAUUAUCUAAGAGUCUACUUUACACAUUUCGAGAUUGUGGUAUUCUUAGCGUAUUCACCAAAUGCACUUUGUUAUACUGUACAGUAAUUUCAUUGCUUUUAAUUGUGCUUGAUUUUUGAUUAUCAUGUAAUGCAUCCACCCAAAUGUAGCACAAUAAUCUCAGCACUAAAAGCAUUAUAUGUUUAUUAACUAUAGAGCAGCUUUGUGCUGAUAUACUCAUAUUAACAGAGGGAUUUGUUACAGGCUCUAAAAUAACUGCCACGUGUGAUUAUGUGCUGAGGAGCAAGCAGUUUGUAAAUGAUUUGUAAUCAAUAAAAAUCAAAAGUGUAAAAUA